AUGGGAAGCACAAACACCGCGGCCACGCGCCACGCCGCGAACACGGUGGGGGUGCAGCAAGGCUCUCACGUGUUCGAGAUCGCAGGGUACAGCCUGCACCCGUCGCUACUAUACGGCGGCUGCGCAACGUCGGCCGGGUUCUCCGUCGGAGGCUACGACUGGCAAAUUCAGGUCUACCCCUGGGGUGUCUGCGACCUCGAUUAUUAUAGAGACUACAUGGGGGUGUUCCUCGAUUUAUGUAGCGACCACAAGGACGCUAGGGUAACGGCGUCCUUCAAGUUCAGUCUGGUGGACGUCACCGGAUCCUCGCCGCCGCAUACGAUGACAAUGACAAACGAAUUCGGUUCCGGCGGUAACAGCUGCUACGGCAAUUGGGUGUUCAAGAAAAGGAGCGAGCUGGAGGCGUCGCCUUACCUCCUAGACGAUCGCCUCACCAUUGAGUGCGUCGUCACAAUUGUCGAGGAUGAGAAAUCGUUUGUCCAGGAAGCCCCGCCGUCAGACAUCACGGAUCAUCUUGGGAAGCUAUUGCAGGGGAAAGAGGGGACCGACGUCAUUUUCAAGGUCCAAGAAGAGGCCUUUCCCGCCCACAAGCUGGUGCUCGCCUUGCGAUCGCCGGUGUUCAAAGCAGAGCUGUAUGGCGCGAUGAGAGAGAAGGACAUGAGUCGUAUUGCCAUCAAUGACAUGCAGCCCGUUGUGUUUGAGGCCCUGCUUCAUUUUAUAUACACCGAUUCACUGCCUGCCAUGGAUGAUCUUGGACGUGAUGACUAUAGAGAUAUUGUCGGCCAUUUGCUUGUCGCGGCGGAUCGGUAUGCCAUGGAUAGGCUCAAGAUUAUAUGUGAAAACAUCCUUUGUAAGAACAUCGAUGCAAAGACGGUGGUGACUACGUUGGCUUUUGCUGAUUGGCAUCAUUGCGGCAGGUUGAAUGAUGCAUGCAUUCGGUUUAUUGCCACUUUGGAUACACGGGGAAUGGAUGACAUGAUGACAAGCCAAGGGUAUGUGAAGCUAAAAGCAACAUGUCCACUGGCCUUAGUUGAACUGUUGGAGAAGACAAGUAGGCUCGCCAAAUCGAAGUCAUCAAUUCAUAUUGGUAGUUUAGUGCAUACAUAG